AUGACAAGCGGCGAGUCAAAAUCCGCUGUUGUGGAGAAGACGCACCAUUUACACUAUUUAAAUGAGUUUCGAGUAGAAGCAUGCCCAUUGUUCAAGCAGCAUCAAUGCCAACAGCACCGACCAUAUACAUGUUUUAAUUGGCAUUUCGCCAAUCAAAGGAGACGAAGACCACAACGUAAAUCUGACGGCUCCUUCAAUUAUUCUCCUGAUAUUUACUGUGACAAAUACGAUGAAAAUACCGGCAUUUGUCCUGAUGGUGACGAAUGCGUGUAUCUCCAUCGAGUUUCCGGCGAUGUGGAACGAAAAUAUCAUUUACGUUAUUACAAGACUGCCCAAUGUGUACAUCCAACGGACUCGCGUGGACAAUGUGUUAAGAAUGGAGCUCAUUGCGCAUUCGCACACUCUUCCGCUGAUUUGCGACAACCACAAUUCGAUCAGCAUGAGGCCGGUUUCUCGACGACCGUCGACGGUGACGGGCGUGAUCGGACCAGCUUCGUGAUCGAGGACCCGUUAUGGCAUAGUCAAGAUCAUGUGCUGUCCUGCUACAAAACCGAACAAUGCCGUAAACCGGCUCGACUUUGUCGCCAAGGUUAUGCCUGCCCGUUCUACCAUAACUCAAAAGAUCGCCGACGACCUCCUGCCAUAUGCAAAUACAGGUCUACCCCCUGCCCUGCCGCAAAAACCGUCGACGAGUGGCUUGAUCCGGAACUCUGUGAGGCUGGAGACUCAUGUCAGUACUGCCACACUCGAACCGAACAGCAGUUCCAUCCGGAAAUCUAUAAGAGCACGAAAUGCAACGACAUGCUUGAGCAUGGAUACUGCCCUCGAGCCGUAUUUUGUGCCUUUGCACAUCACGACUCGGAACUUCAUGUUCAGCGAACACCAUAUCAUGGAUACUGCCCUCGAGCCGUAUUUUGUGCCUUUGCACAUCACGACUCGGAACUUCAUGUUCAGCGAACACCAUAUGUGACAAGUAGCCAAGCCAGUCCAAAAGAGCAAUGCAGUCCAAACACGAAUGGA